AUGAAGCCCUCUUGGUUAUUUAUAAUAUAUGUGUUAUGGCUGAAUGGUCAUCAGUGUGCACCAACAAGGCAGGAAGAAAUGAAUGUCCGGGAAAACCUGAAGCUAUUAUCUGAAGUUGGAGAGAAGUAUGUAGAUGAAGAGGUAAAGAAAGCUUUGAUUGGUAUUAAGCAGAUGAAAAUUAUGAUGGAAAGAAAUGAAGAUAAGCACGUAAAUCUGAUGAAAACCUUGAAGAAGAGCAGUGAAGAAAAACAGCAAGCCUUGCGACUUAUGGAUGAAGUAAAGGAAAGAUUAGAAGAAGAAGAAAGACAAUGUCAAGUAUCCUUGAAAAAUUUAUGGGAUGAAUGCGAAUCUUGUUUAGAAAGUACCUGCAUGAGAUUUUAUACAACUUGCAAACAUGAUUUGUCAACAUUUAGAAGAAAGGUUGAAGAUUUUCUGAGGAAAAUACCUCCGCUCAUUUUUACUUUUCAUGAGGAUCAAGGAAGAGACCUCCAGUUUAACGAAAAGCCUGAGAAAGAGGAUACCCAGCUAGUAAAACUGGAAGAUUUAUUUAGCCAACUAUUAUCAGACAUGGGCUCAAUAUUUGACAGAAGUUUCAUUUUUUUCAAGCAGAUGCAAAAAGAAUUUGACCAGUCUUUUCAGACGUAUUUCAUGUCUGAUCUGGACUUGCACGAGUCCCCCAGCGUGCCAGCUUUACCCGAGGACACCACCAGAAACAAUGGCUCACAGAAAGGCUGGGGUAUACCCAGCUUUUUACAGAUAGUUUUUGAUUUCAGUAAGACGGUGUUUGAAGGUGUCAGCGAGGUGAUUACCGAAGUAUUUGAUGAAUACAGAGAUAAUAGAAGAGAUGUGCCAGAACAAGCCAAAGGCAAGUAUCCUGACAGAAGUGGCAUGUUCUCAAAAAUUGUGUCAGGGCGCCAGAGGCCUCUGUGCAGGGAGCUUCGGGAGAACUCCUCUGGAUGCCCACAGUUUCAUGAGAGAUGUCAGAAAUGUCAAGACAAUCUUUUGCAUGAUUGCCCAAACGUUCCCGAACUGCAUGUUAAGUUUGAUGAAGCCUUUAAGCUGGUUAAUCUCUCGGGGGAGCAAUAUGAGCAGAUUCUCCAGGUGGUUCAGCGUCAUACAGAAGACACUUCCUACUUGUUGAACAAAAUGAAAGAAAGAUUUGGGUGGGUGUCUGAGAUAUCCAACAUGACCAUUGGACCAGAAAACAUUUUCAAUAUAGUUAAGGUGGUACCUGGGGAUCCCUCUGGUAAAAAUGAAACCGUGGUAGAUGUGAAUAUUCUGACUUCACCUACUUUCACCAUUAAAGUUCCUCCCAACUUAGACCCAAAGAGUGCUGAAUUCAUUGAAUACAUAGCUGGGAAAGCACUGCAACUAUAUAAACAGAAUUUUUAA